AUGGGGGAAGCUUUGGAAACAACCGAGAGCACAAAAACUAGACUCAACGACAGAAAGAACUUGUCCAGUGACGUUAGCGAGAUUAAUUCGUCCGAAGCAGAAACAGACAGAAUGGAAAGCGUGGAGGAUCACGAGACGGGCAAAGUUGCUGAGCCAAACAAACAGGACACCAAUGGCAAGUUGAGCGGCGAAGAGGAGGACGAAGGAGAACAGGCGGAAGAAGAAUCGGAUAUGGACGAGGACCAGGAAGGUGAAGCAGAGGAGGAACAGGACCGACACAAGAACGAACAAGAUGAAGAGAAGGAACGGCUUCGAUUGGCCGCGUUAGAACAAAUGAAGAGCAUAGAGAUCGACUUUGCGCUUUUGAAGGAUAAACUGUACGAGACACAGAUGAACAAGCUGAUGUUUGAGUUGGAGCUAUGCAACAGCAACAAGCAUCCGGAUUACCUGAAUUACCAAAACAUGAUAGAGAACAACUUUCAGGCAAAAGUGUCGCGGUUUGUCAAUUUGCAGAAGUACAAGCUUAAGUGUCUAGACACCCAGACCAGAGCCACGAGAGUGGCCAUCCAUCAGCAAUUCGCAAAACUGUGUCAGGAUUUAAAGAGCGAGGAAAUCAUGCAAAUCACGUCGGAUUGGUACGAAAUCAACAACGAGCGCCGGGCGAUGGACAACAUCACAUUGAACCUGCCCGACUACUACCAGUACAACAGCGGGAUUACGGCGCAAACGGUCAACUCGCAGAGCUCCAUUAACCAGCUGGUGGUUCAACGGAACGCGCUAUACAACGAGCUCAGCAGUUUGAAAGGCAUAGAAAGAUACACAGGAGGCUUCCCAAGCUCGUUGAACGACUUGAAAAGCUGCACGAACGAGGAGAUCCAGAUGGACCUCAAGGAAAUGAACUUGGUGUGA